UCAGGGCGACCGAUCAACUGUUGCCAUACCCUGAAUUAGAUUCUACUGGCCACCAGCAUCAUUUGCAACCGCACCUGUCUCCACAACCAGAAGACAGAACCAAGAUUCAUAACUUAGGGCCGCAGCUAUCACAGUUGCCGUUACAACAGUCGUCAAAUUCGUUGAUAUCUUCGCAUCAACAUCAAGACGUACCAAUACCAUCUGAGUUAUACGCACAGGUACUGCAACCACAGAUACAGAGCGCACAACAAUAUCAACAACCACAUCUGCAGCAGCAUCACCACUACCAGCAGCAGCAGCAUCAGCAGCUUCAGCAACAUCCACAACACCAGCAGCAUCAGCAACAUCAGCAACAUCAGCAACAGCAGCAGCAGCAGCAGCAGCAGCAGCAACAACAACAACAACAACAAUUGCAACAUCAACUGCUCCAACAGCAGCAAGACGUUCAACUCCACCACCAACAGCAACACCAGCAGCAACAUUCACAACACAAACAACAUCAGGCUCAACCACAGCAGCAUCAGCAGCACCAACAGCAGCAACAACAACAACAACAAUAUUCGGACGCCAUGUUUAACUCAUUCUUGACUCAGAUUGGUCAAAGACAAAUGAGCAACGUAUUGAACACAUUCAACCCCGCUGCUCACGGUAUGGGCGCCGCCAUUGGUUCAGCAAUCAAUCAACCUGCUCAAAGGUUCUUUCAUGCGGCGAUGAAUACCCCCUCAAUGCUGGAGAUGACACAUCCUACCACGAUGCAAGCCACUCCACAGUUUCAAGUGCAGGUACCUCCACCAGUAGUCAAGAAGAUGUCAGCAAGUCAGAGCAGAAUUGAAAAGAGAAAGCUUUUGAAGAAGCAAGGUCCUAAGAGACCUUCGUCAGCUUACUUUCUAUUUUCCAUGGCUGCAAGAGAAGAUUUGGUGAGGCAGUACCCAGAUGCCAAAGUUCCAGAGCUAUCAAAGUUAGCCUCUGCUAAGUGGAAAGAAAUGACUGACGAAGACAAGAAACCAUUUCAUGAAAAGUUCAAGGUAAACUGGGAAAAGUAUAGAAUUGCUAGAAAGGAAUAUGAAUCUCAUUUGCCGCCCAAAAGACCAUCGGGACCUUUUAUUCAAUUUACACAGGAGGUUCGUCCUAAGAUUAUCAGUGAAAACCCCGAAAAAGAUCUAAUCGAGAUAACCAAACUGAUCGGUGAAAAAUGGCGUUCUUUGUCUCAACCUGACAAGCAAUCCUAUACGGAUACGUACAAAAGGAAGCUCAAAGAAUGGGAAGAACAAUACCCGGAGGAGACUAAUCCAAUUGAUGCCCCAAAGAUCGAAUCAUUGACCUAA